ACAAAGAGUUAACCAUGACAAGACAAAAGGUGAAGAUGGCUUUCAUUGAAAAUGAGUCCUCAAGGAAAGCAACAUACAAGAAAAGAAAGAGAGGUAUCUUGAAGAAAGCCAACGAGUUAGCAACUCUCUGUGGCGUCCCAGUCGGUGUAAUCAUCGACAGUCCGUACGACUUGACCCCGGAGGUGUGGCCAUCGAGAGAAGAUAUGGACAAUGUUCUGUCCCAGUGGCAGAGGUUGCCGGUGAUGGACAGGACCAAGAAGAUGCUAAACCAAGAGUCUUAUCUUAAACAGAGUAUCUCCAAAGCAACUGAGACAUGUAAGAAGCUGACCAAAGAAAACAAAGAGUUGGAGAUGAAAGAGGUAAUGUUUGAUUGUCUUAGUGGCAAGACUUCACCACCUCGUAUUGAGAAAAGUGAUCUUCGUGGUUGUGGUAAUGUCAUUGAGCAGUACCUAAGAAAUCUUAAUCGUAGGAUUGAGAUUCUUAGUAAGAACGACGGAGCGUCUUCUUCAUCUGUUCAUGCUGCUGCUACAACAUCUGUUGCCAUGCCUAUAGUUGAGUUGGGUUCUUCUUCAACCGCAUUUUGCGAUAUGAUUCGUCAACAGCAGAUUCAAAGUAAUAUGAAUCAGAACGUUAGGGGCUUGGAUCUGAAUCAGCAACAGUGGUGA